AUUGACAAUCUGAAGGUUUGACAGCCAGCUGAUACGAUAAAACUCCCAUCGAGGAGCAUGUAGAACAGGAAAAGGCAUUUAAAACUACUAAAUACAUUCUUAACUAUACCUUCAUAACACAAAACAAGCUUUUAAUGAAUUCCCUAGUACGAAAUAGUAGGUUAGCAUGCCGUGCGUUUUCAACAUCGCUGGUGCGGCAAUGCGCUCAGCCUCCUAAAAGGAAGCCGAAACAGUUCUUCGGGCCUAUAACGUGGAAGUCCAUGGCGGCGACGGCGGUGGUGGGCGGCGGGCUGACGGGGUUCAUGCUGUACGUGAGGAAAGAGAAGCAGGAGGCGGUGGAUAGGGAACGUAAGCGGCAGCUCGGCAAGGCUAAGAUCGGAGGAGAUUUUGAACUCGUGGACACGCAGGGCAAAUUGGUAAAAAGUGCAGAUCUCCUAGGCAAAUGGCUAUUGAUAUACUUUGGAUUCACCCACUGUCCGGACAUUUGCCCCGAUGAACUGGAGAAAUUAGCGGAGGUUGUUAACAAGCAUGAUUCCACUCCAUCUGCACCACCGUUGCAGCCAGUAUUUAUAUCUGUAGACCCUAAGAGAGAUACACCUGAAAUUGUGGGAAAAUACUGUAAGGAGUUCUCUCCACGGUUCCUGGGACUGACCGGCACCGUCGAGCAAGUUCAGAAGGCGUGCAAGUCGUACAGGGUGUACUUUAGCGCGGGGCCGCAGGACGUCGACAAUGACUACAUCGUGGACCACACCAUCAUCAUAUACCUGGUGAACCCGGAGGGCGAGUUCGUGGACUACUACGGGCAGAACCGCAACGCGAAGGAGAUCCACGACUCCAUGCUGGUCAACAUACAGAAGUACGAGGCCUCCAAGAACUCCUCGUGGUUCUGAAUGAGUCCUCACACAGUUCUCUUCUGUUCUCGAAGUUAAAAAUGUUAGAGCUUAUUUUCUGGUAAAGUAAGGACGCUAAGCACGGCCAAUGACACUGUGUGAGUGGGACAGCAAAAUAUUUAUGCGCGUGCGGUAAAGAUAGGAAUAGGAGGGUCAAUGUACGGAAUUCUUCGUGCUUAGAGUUGUUACUUUAGUGAUUUUUGACUUAUCUCGGCUAUAAGCGGGUCCCGAAGUCCUAUUCCAUAUGGAUUUUAAAAGAAUGUAAACGAAAAUACGUGGUUCAUUCA